CUAAGAAGUAGUUGUGUAGUGAGUAAAAGACUACCAACUUCGUAUCUCCAGCUGCACAUAUACUUGCAACACGUAUACAGUUUUCAGCGCAAACAUGAUCAAGAAAAUGACGCCUUCGGAUAACGAGUUCGACAUCCCAGCAAAGAACUGUUACAGGAUGGUUAUCCUGGGGUCCACUAAAGUCGGGAAAACGGCGAUCAUCUCCCGGUUUCUGAACGAGAGGUUCGACGACCAGUACACGCCGACCAUCGAAGACUUUCACAGGAAAUUCUACAGCAUCCGGGGAGACGUUUACCAGCUGGAUAUUCUGGACACCUCUGGGAACCACCCUUUCCCAGCUAUGAGAAGGCUGUCCAUACUCACAGGCGAUGUCUUUAUUCUGGUGUUCAGCCUGGACAACAGAGACUCCUUCCAGGAGGUCCGUCGCUUGAAGCAGCAGAUCUUCGAGACCAAGUCCUGCCUGAAAAACAAGACCAAAGAGAACGUGGACGUUCCCCUGGUAAUCUGUGGCAACAAGGGCGACCGGGAGUUCUACAGAGAGGUGCAGGAGGAGGAGAUCCAAGAGCUGAUUGCGGGCGACAACCAGUGCGCUUACUUUGAGAUCUCUGCCAAAAGGAACACUAACGUAGACCGCAUGUUUCAGACUCUUUUCACCAUGGCCAAACUGCCCAACGAAAUGAGCCCGGACCUUCACCGCAAAGUCUCUGUGCAGUACUCUGACAUGCUGCACAGAAAGUCGUUCAGAAACAAGAAGCUGAAAGACGGGGACGCGUACGGCAUUGUGGCACCUUUCGCCCGGCGACCCAGUGUACACAGUGACUUGAUGUACAUAAGAGAAAAGGCAAUCGGCGGCGGCCAGGCAAAAGAUAAAGAACGGUGUGUUAUCAGCUAAGAACUGUUCGGCGAACGUGCAGGACAACUACUACAGUGAGAUGCGCAACAGCGGCGUGGCAGUAGGUUGGUGCCCGCUAAAGUUUUCCGUCGUUCAGUGUGGAAGUCCAGCGGCAGAGACACCGAGAUCUUAGAGCGCUCGUUUGGAGCAGUUUGUCGCUGUCCUGAAUUGUGAGACUUCGCGACGCGGAAGCAUGUUCUGUUUGCGACUUUAUUUUGUUCUGUGAAGUCUUGGCGCAUUGUGACGUGGCCUCAGAGAAGCUGGAGCGAGCUCUUCAUUCCAGCAACACACUGUAAAAAAGUCUGUGUUACUAAGCCUGCCUUUACCGACAGGCCAGAGAGCACUCCAAGCGCGGAGUGCGGUAGUGAGGAGUAAAGAUGUUUACAUUUUGUUAUAUUUUAUAACAGAUCAUUUGAAUGUUUGUUUCAAUGUGAACAAAAUCGAUUGUGAAUGUAUAUUUAUUCAUAUG